AUGAAGACCUCCACGAUCCUCCUCUGUCUCGCUCCGACGAUAGCCCUCGCCGUCGAGGCCGAUCCCCAAAUACCUCCCGCUGUGUCUCCCACGCCGUCCCUCCCCAAUGCCAACCCGCCCGCCCCGUUGCCUGAGAUCCCGAUGCCGUCGAAUGCAGAGCAACAUGCGGAGUUACGGAAGAUUCGCACGCUGCUAGAGAUUCAAGAUACUACAGAUGCGACACGGGUGCAGGAUCAACUGCCCGAACCAGCGAGCGGGAGAAUCGGCCUGGCCGCGUCGACAGGGGAAACCAAAGCGUUGCGCGCACGCAGUGAAGGCACACUCGGACAAACACCAUGGAUUGGCAUGGCCAUUGGAUUGACCUGUACGGCAUUGGCAGCAGUGAUGCUGGGGUGA